AUAAAAAUAAUAUUGACAGUGGCAAAAUUGUAAUUCACUGAACAUUGAAUGGCAAUAUUCAAUAAUUUAACCUUCAUAAUAUAAACACAAGACCUCACAAACAUUCCAAUUAUCCCACAAUUCAUAUAUUAAUUCCAAUUUCUCUCUCCCCCUCGGCAUUCUUUCUUCUUCCUCCUACUAUCACGCUUACUGCUCGAUAGUCUUGCAGAAGACGUAACACAAAAAAAGAGAGAAAUUCCAUUAAAAAUUAUUUAUUCUCCAAAUAAUUAAGAAAAAAAUGUCCGACGGAAGUAGAAAUAAUAAUCUUCUCCUAUGUAUCUCUCUCCUAUCUUUCUUUACCGUCGUCUCAAAAGCUGCGUUUAAUCGCCCUACCAUCUCCUUCGAUGAAGGUUACUCUCCUCUUUUUGCUGAUUUCAAUAUCAAAAAAUCCGAUGAUGGCCGCACCGCCAACCUCCACCUCAACCGUCAUGCCGGUUCAGGAUUUAUUUCAUCAAAAUAUUAUGAUUAUGGAUUUUUUAGCUCAAAAAUAAAAUUGCCGGGGAAUUACACAGCUGGAGUUGUGGUAGCUUUUUAUACAUCAAAUGGUGAUGUAUGGGAAAAAAGCCACGAUGAAUUGGACAUAGAAUUCUUAGGAAACGUGAAAGGAAAACCAUGGAGGUUCCAAACUAACAUGUAUGGAAAUGGAAGCACCAAUAGAGGAAGGGAAGAACGAUAUAGACUAUGGUUUGAUCCAACCAAAGAUUUUCAUGAAUAUAGCAUUCUUUGGACUCGCAAUAACAUUAUAUUCUACGUAGACAACGUCCCAAUCAGAGAAAUAGUCCGUAAUGAAGCAAUGGGAUCAGACUACCCAUCUAAGCCCAUGUCUCUUUACGCCACCAUAUGGGACGCCUCAAGUUGGGCCACUGAUGGUGGCAAAUAUAGCGUCAAAUACGAGUUCGAACCCUUUGUGUCCGAGUUUACUGACUUUGUGCUCGAGGGUUGUCCAGUAGAUCCCCUCGAGCAAAUCCGUGGCACAAUCUCCUCUUCUGACUGCACAGUCAAGAAAGAGGAGAUCGAAAACAAGGAGUAUUCCCAAAUUACCCCUUCGGGCCAGUGGGCCAUGAAGUGGUUUAGGGAGAGGUACAUGUACUACUCGUAUUGUUACGACAAGGUUCGCUACCCGGUCCCACCACCGGAGUGCACAAUCGUCCCAUCCGAGCAGGCGAGGUUUAAAGAGACGGGUCGGCUCAAAUUCGGUUCUAUUCCUAAAAGGCAAAGGAAGAGGAGAGGCCGUGCAAGGAAGCCUAUCAAUAAUAAUAAUAAUGAUGAAUAUAUGUGAGUUUUUGAAUGUGGAUUGGAUUGGAUUGAUUGAGUGAAGGAUUAUUGAUGUAAAUUAAAGAAGAAAUUAGGUUAUGUGGGUGAAUAUAAAAUGAGUAUAAAUUAAUUCUUUGGGAUUGUUUUGGGGCAAUAUAGUCUAUAUAAAUGGUGAUUUAAAGAUAAAGAGUUGAUUACUAGUAUGUAGAACCACAAUACAUUAUAUUAUUAUACAUAUAUACCAUGAUUCUUUCUAUU